AUGCAAAUGAUUGUGUUAGAUUCAAAGGGUGCAAUUGGGAAAAUUACCGGUAUUAUUAACCAGUUUAAAAAAGUUGUUUAUGCUAAUUCAGUUAAAGAAUGUGAAGAUGCUUUCAGUAACAUUAUUGAUUUGUAUGGAGAGAAGUAUCCAAAAUUAAAAUUGUACCUGUUAAAUGUUUUUGAGAUAAAAGAACGAUGGUGCAUAUGCUUUCGAAAAAACAUUACAAUCAGGGGUAAUAAUACCAACAAUUAUGUUGAAGCUCAAUUUCUGGUAUUGAAGGAUAACAUACUAAACAGAACAAAAGAGGUUAAUGUCAAUGGACUUGUGGAAAAACUUACCCAAGAUUUUAAUGAACAUUAUAAAGCCAAACUUCUGAGCAUUGCAAAUGGGCGAUUCGAUGGUAUUUACAGCAAUCGAUUUUUGGGUAGAGACAAAGGAAAGAAAGUAGUUGGAUUCGCUCUACCUUCUCCAGAAGUCCUUCAAAAUGUUGAAAAACAAAUAUCCAAAGUUGGACUAGAAUUGUACACUGUGCCUAGUUUCAAUUUAUCUGGUGUACAUUAUAAUGUAGAUAUGAGUAUAGGUAUAUGUGAUUGUUCUGUAGGGUGUGACGGUUCACCUUGUAAACAUCAGUACAUUGUUUGGAAAAAACAUUUAUAUAGUACAAAUUUUCUUCCAUAUCUAAGCUGUAAAGAGAGACAGCUGUGUUCAUACAAUGCUAUUGGAGCAAUUCUACCCGACUCUCUUUACGAAGGAUUACAUGAUUAUGUUAGAGACAAGCAUGAUGAGUUUAUUUAUAAAGAUAACUUCAGCGCACCUUCGAGUUGUGAAGAUAUUAGUAAUUAUGAGGAAACCGAUUUUAAAAUUGAUCGUUCUGAAAGUGUAAAUAAUCAAGGCAUAAGUGCGAGUACUGUUCAAACCUCUAAUACUGAAAAUAUUCAGCAAGAGUUGGCGGAGGCGUUUAAGAUAAUGAGCAUCUUAGUGGAUAAACAUUAUAAUAAUGCUGAUUUUUUGAAAGGAGUUUCAAAAUUUUGUAUUCGCUUGAAAAUGAAUGAAAACAGAAUUUCUAAUUUAACUUCAUCAUUGCAUUGUUUUGGUAUUGAUUCUUAUCAGUCUAAACGCAUAACCAAUACUACUCUUCGUAAAAAAAGAAAUGGAGUAAAAAUAAAAGUUCAACCUGAGGCAGUUAAACGGCAAAAGUUAAAAAUGGGAGCAAGACGUUUGUUCAAAAAGGAAUGGCAAAGCGCAAUAACCCUUUUAAUGUAUCUGACGUCAGUACUAAAAGAGCACAUUCUUUUUCCCAGUGCGUGACAAUGUCACUGUUUCUAAAAAAGCUGGUAGAACGAUGGGAUCAAAAACAAAGUUAUUAUCUUCAACAAUGCCAACUAAAAGUGAAGAGUGAUUCAGCCAUUUAGUCAAAUUAACUUGAUUUUUUUCAGUAAAAUUGCAAUCACUAUGUGUGUUGGGGAGAGUGUGCACCCUUGAUCCUGAAAUCCAGGGAGCUUUAAGUUAAUAACAAACCCCUAAAAUAAUAAUAAUUGGAGAACUAUUAUUGAAUAUAAAAACAUAUAGACUUUAUUAAAGUUUAUUAGAACCAUAAAUAAAGAUAACUCUAAAUUAGUUUUAUAAUUUUGAGUUUAAUUUUUUAUUUUGUUUAAUUUUUUGCCCCUGGAUUUUAGGAUCAAGGGUGCAUACUUUCCACGGUGUUGGAUGUACAAAAUUACAAUUAAAAAAAUAACUUGUUUAAA